AUGGACACGGGUCUGACGUUUUCUGUAGUCCACGCUCGGCUUGGAAACAAUGACUCCAGUCAAUCAGGGGAAGCCCCAGACAACGACGCGCCGUCGUGCUUGUUUCUGGGUCCGUUAGAGAGCGCCACGAGAGAGCAGCUCGAGCAGUUUUAUUCGCAGGCUCGGGAUGCGUACUACAGCGGGAAACCGCUAGUAUCAGACGACAUUUUCGAUCUGGUCGAGCGCCGGUUGCGGUGGUUUCACUCAGCGCUGGUCAAGAAGUACCCGCGCUGCAGCAUACGAGCUCUCUACUGCUACUCUGAUGCCGAGGCGGACCCUUCCCAAAUGGCAGCGCUGUCAACCAUGUGGUCGAUUAUUCUAGCAGUGGGAGCAGCGCUGACAGCAAUGCCACUGGUUUUUCUGGUGGUGGUGAUGGGCGCGAGUGGCGUGGAUAGGGUGGAAAACCCUAUUCUCUCAAGCCCGCUGUGGCAACUGGAUGGAGCCAUGGCAGCUGGCAUUUGUUUCCUGCUCGGGGCGAUUCUUGCUUCAGCUGCAGCACGCCCGCUGCAGCGCAUAAGCCAGGGUAAGGUGGUGGCACUACAGGGAAACUGUCCACACUGUGGAGAGGAGGUUUACUCGUUCGUUACACUGGAAGGGGGGAGCAGGCAUCGACACAAGGCCGAAUGUCAUGUCUGCGGCCAGCCUCUGGUCUUUCAUGCGUUCGUCGAGGCAUCUCCAACUAAUCCCAAGCAUUCAUGGGCAUAUGUCGGGUCACCUAUCCAACGCCUACCGGAGGAGCUUCUUUCUCACGUCCUGCGUUUCCUGGUUCGACCUGAUGGUCGGCUGGAGCACGCACGCGUCAGCAAGCAAUGGCAGCACAUUGCGUACCAUUUGCAAAAAGAACUCCACUUGCCCUACAACCUCCGCAUGGAUCCGCAUCAGCUCCUUCAACUCUUGUCCUCGUUCCCUAAACUCACAAAGCUGGUCCUUUCGUAUGGCAGCCUCAACACAGCCUUCAACUCUUUAUUCUCUCGCCUCGCUGACGUGUGCCCUCAUCUGACCGAGCUGCGAGUCGAAUCGAUGGGACGUGAGUACAGAUAUGAAGGUGUAAGCGAGACGAGCCUGGAGUUUCUGUUCAAGAAGUGUACUCUGCUAGAAGAUCUCCAUUUGGACUGUUCGAAUAAUGCUGCCAUUCCUCCGUCGAUUGACCGACUCACAUUGCUUAGGAACUUGAACCUCAGGACCAGCGUCACGCGACUUCCCGACACGUUCACCUCGUUGCAGUCUCUCAGAAGCAUCGUGCUGCACACUUACAGACUGGCGGCUUUGCCCGCUGAUUUCGGCAAUCUGGUUUCCUUAACGUCGCUCAAGGUGCACAGUUGCUCGCUGGCGUCGCUUCCAGAAUCUAUCGGGCAACUUGCCAGCCUGAACCUGUUAUCCUUGAAUGACUGCUCAACGAUGCAGCUGCCAACCUCUCUCACCAAGCUUUCUUCUCUCGCCGUCCUGGAGAUUCGACGUUGCAAGUUCCUUCUCCCGCCACCCGUCAACUUCCCUCGACUGUGGCGGCUCGAAACCCUCAUUCUGGAAGGAGUGACGGGAUUGCGCGACCUUAUUGAGGCUCUUGAACAUCUGAGGCGGCUCAAGGCUUUAACUAUCAAGUGCUGCAGCGAUAUCACGUCUCCGCCCGAGUCUCUCUUCCGCCUGCCGUCGCUCACCAGCCUCACCCUCCACAUGUCACAACUGGCAGUACUCCCUGACGAUAUCGGGAGGUUGUCAAAGCUACAGACACUCGUGCUGGAGUUGACGGACCUCACAACUCUUCCUGAUUCCAUCUGCCUGGUUACAACGCUCCAGGAGCUUUCCUUGGAUAAUCUUUUGAAGCUGCCGUCUCUGCCCAAGGACUUCGGGCAGCUGAUCGCUCUUGAAAAGCUGCGCCUUUACUGCCUUGGGCAGCUCACAGAGUUGCCUGAAUCUCUCGGGCAGUUGACAGCUCUUCGGGAGCUGCUGCAACUCCCGGAUUCGUUAUCGCAGCUGUCUUCUCUCGAGCACCUGGAGAUUAAGACCUGUCCGCGUCUCACGGUGCUGCCAGAUGAAAUGGGGACCGGAAUGCAGCGUCUGCGGUAUCUGCAUCUGCAGCAAUGCUCAUCUCUCACCCACCUCCCUCCAUCCUCCUCCGCCCUGACGUCCCUCGAAACCCUCAAGAUCAUGGCAGCUAUUCGCUUCAAAGGCAACCUACUAGACGGUUUCUGCUGCUUGACAAGCCUUAAGGAGUUGGUGGUCCAGGAUAUGCCACGCCUGUCUGCCCUUCCUGCCUCCUUCUCUGGCGUUUUUUCACUCACCAGCCUGGAACUUAUAAACUGCCCUAAAGUAACGAUCUUGCCUGAGGGGAUCGGACGGUUGGAGGCGCUCGAGACGGUAACGAUCGCACGGAUGGACGGCUUGAAACAGCUCCCUUCGUCUCUUGUCAGGCUGCCCCGACUGCGGGUGUUGGAGGUGCGCGUGUGUGAUAAGGUUAGCGCGCUGCUCGGAGAUGAGGUCGUGGUCAGACGCACCGCCAGGGGUUCUUCGGCCAUCUCCAACAGCACUGCCAGCAGCAGCACCGCCACCAGCAGCACCGCCACCAGCAGCACCGCCACCAGCAGGGCACUGCUUCCAUCCCUUCGAAGUCUCAAGCUGAAAUCUCUUCCGUUCCACACCAUUGGUCCGUCCCUUGGCCAGCUCUCCUCUCUAACGAAGCUGAAGCUCAUGGAGAUGGACAGUCUGGUAUCGCUCCCUGAUUCCAUCUCUCAGCUCUCGCGCCUGAAAAGACUCCGGAUUGAUUUUGCCUCGAGGAUUGAGGCACUGCCAGCAACCUUGGGAGGGCUUUCAGGGCUGCGAGUCUUGCAGCUUCGCUUCUUAGAUAUACAGCAGCUUCCCGAGUCGUUCGGGCAGCUGAAGAUGCUUGAGACGCUGGAGAUUAUUGACUGCUGCAAGAUAAAGAAACUUCCAGGAUCUUUCGGAAAUCUUUCCAAGCUACAAUCCUGUACCCUCACCAAGCUUGCGAUCUCAACAUUUCCUGAGAAUUUCUGGAAGCUCUCUUCCCUCCAGGAGUUGGUGCUCCUGGGACUGAAGCAUGUCCGCAGCUUGCCAGAGUCGUUCUCUAAGCUGCCUCAACUACAGGUGCUGCUGGUGAUUGCAUGCAAGAAACUUGCCCGGCUGCCGUCUUCUCUCCGGAGAAUGCCGACGCUGCGUGAGUUGGAUUAUGGUGUGGACAGUGACAUUGACUAUGACGAUGUGGGGGGCUGGGGAGCGAGUGAUGAUGAGGAGGAAUAG